AUGAGGUCAAGAGCCUCAAGCCAAAAUUUACAACAAAAAACGUUAAAUUCAGAAUCAAAUACUCCAUUAAAAGAACCAAAACAAGAACCAUCAACAAAUUUUAAUGAUUCUCUUUGUUCCCCUUCUGAUAUUUCGACAACAGUUUGUUACUGUAAUGGAGAGCGUAAACUUGGAGGUUUGGAAGUACAAUGUUCUGGAUGUAAAAGAUGGUUUCAUCAAGAAUGUUUCAAAGAUUUAGAAAAUUUUGGUGGUCUUCCAUUUAUGGUUUCUUAUAUGUUUUGUUGCAGAGGUUGUUCACCUGAAAACAAGGAGAAAUGGAAUAUUCGUAGCACAAGUUAUUCUUCAAUGGCUGUAAUGGCAUUAGCUAACAUGACACUUGAAUAUUUUAUAAAACAAUAUGGCCUUUCAAAUAUUUCUUCAAUCAAAGGCCCUAAUCCUUUCUUUUCAAUUGAUCAAGAAAUUGUGCAAUAUAUGGACAAAAAUUGGGAAUAUUUAUCAACAACGCCAAAACGUCAAAAGAAAACUUGGCACCAAACAAUUUUGAAAAUUUUACAAAAAGAAACUGAACUUUUUAUACAAGAUUCUAAGGGGUGUUCUUUUGCUUUGAAAGAAAAAGAUCUUUUACGGAUUGGUCCAAUGCAUGAAUCUAUUUUACAGGUUUUUCUUUCUUUUCUUAUUUAUAAUUAUUUUUUAAAGAUAUUUAAAAGAGGCAGAGAUGCUGCAGAAAGAGAAGCAAAUUCUUUACAAAUUUCUGAACAACAAAUUUAUCAGUCAUUAAAUUUAGAAAAUUUUAGUGAAGGGCCAAAAACAAGAGGAGCAAGUAAAAGAAAAGCAGCUACUUCAAAUAAUGGAGAAGGAUUGGAUACAAAAAUUAAUUUAAAUAUUCCUUUACAGAAAAAAGCAAAAAUAGAUCGUUUUGACAGAGAAGAAGUAAAUAAUACUAGAGCUGUUCAAAUCCCUUCACAUAUUCACAGAAUUGUUAUUCCACAAAUAGUAACACUUCCACCCAAUGAUAGAGCUAAUCAAUUAAUUUUGGAUGCAGACAAUUUAACUUUAACUGGAUGUGAUGGUUAUUCUUCUAUUAGAGCAACACAUUCUGUUGGCCAUGGAAAGUGGUAUUUUGAGAUGGAAUUUUUAAGUCAACCCGGAGAUUCACAUGUUCGUGUUGGAUGGGCCCAAGCUUUUUCUCCAUUACAAGCUUGUAUUGGAUAUUCUAAAUUUAGUUAUAGCUGGAGAAGUAAACGAGGAACUGUUUUUAAUGAUGGUUAUGGCCGAAGGUAUUAUCAACGAGGAUUUAAACAGGGAGACACUAUCGGUUGUUUAAUUGAUUUACCUUCCUUGAAUGUUGGAAAGGAUAAUAAUAAUGUUGCCACAACAAUCAAAAUUUCCGAUAUUUUGCCUCCUUCGCGGAAAGAUUGUGAUUUAAUAAAAUUUAAACAAAAUUAUUUUUUUGAAGAAAAAGAAGAAAUACAACAAGAAAUUCAAAAAUUACAGCCUCUUCCAAAUUCUAAAAUUGAAUUUUUUUUAAAUGGACAAAGUUGUGGAGUAGCUUUUCAAAAUAUAUUUACUGGCCACUACUUUCCUGCCGUUUCUUUAUUUCACUCUGCACGUGUUCGACUAAAUUUUGGACCAAUUUUUCGAAGAAUUCCAGAAUGUGUCAAAAAUGGUAAUGUCAAACCAAUGAGUGAGAGACCUAAUCAAAUGCAAAUAGAACAAGUUUUGUCUGAUAUUUUAUAUAUGAUUGUUAAUGAAGAAGAAUUAAAUAGAAGGAAUGUAGAUUUUUUCAAUGCAAUUCUAAUGAAAGAAAAGGUUUAA